UUACCCACCCUCACAGUCUGCAGAGAGGAAACAGGCAGGCAAGUGGCGGUCGUUGCCCUUGAGAAGGCAAACAUAUGAGGAAGGGGAAACAGCCGCUGCCAGUGUGACCUGGUUUAAUGAAGUCCGGUGCCUAAAUCCAAAUUCCCACACGACUCAGGGCUAUCCCUUCGCUUUUUGCAGCUUGACUGACCACAGAGCUUUGCCUGGAGACGCUUGCACAGAUUAACACGCCUACCGCUUUGAAAACUAAAGAGUACGAGGGGUGCUUCGCCUAUUAGUCCCCCCCAUUGGCGACGUCAGACGCUCGGUGCACUUCCUAAUAUGUCCGCCGGACCGGCGACUUCUGAUCCGCGGAGGAUGGAACCGACGUGGCUGAGUUUGGGAGGCGGAGCUGAGCUGGCAGGGGCGGGAGGAGUCCCGGGCAGAGACGCAGCUGGAUGGCAGGGGUAACCCGGAGCUCCCCGGUAUCACACGGGAUCAACCAGCCUGGCUGAAGCAAUGAUGGGACGAGGACUAUUUCUCCCUGGAAUGCUCUCCCCCUUAUUCCUUGCUGUUACCUGCCGGGCCCAUGAUCUUUCUCUGGGCCACACUACCAGCGGGGCUAACUCCCUGUGUGAAAAGGAGACAGAGUCCUGGGGAGCUAUAUUCAGUGAAGACCGCCUGGAUGCCUGGAUCUGCUCUCUGAUUGGCUCAGUGAUGGUCGGGCUGAGUGGCGUUCUUCCUCUGCUGAUCAUUCCUCUAGAGACAGGGGCAGCUCUGAAGUCCGAAGAGGGAUCUCGUCGAAUGAAGCAGCUGCUGAGCUUUGCUAUUGGGGGUCUUCUGGGAAAUGUGUUUUUGCACCUGCUCCCUGAGGCCUGGUCAUACACCUGUAGUGCCACAGCAGGAGGAGGGCAGAGUUUCCAGCAGCAGAAGCUUUUAGGCCUCUGGGUGAUUAUUGGCUUACUGACCUUCCUGAGUUUGCAGAAGAUAUUUCCAGAUAAUGAAAAGCAAGAUAGUUUCAACUUGAUCAGUGAUCCCAAAGAACCUUCCAGAAGGAUUCCAAAUGGGAGCAGCUUCCCUUUGAAAGAGGCAUCCAAUCCAGUCCAAAGAAAGAAGUUGGGCUCACCACAGAGUAACGGUUCUUCUCACUUACCUUCACCAUCACCCCAGAAAAUCAAGAUCAGCGGAUACCUCAAUCUUUUGGCCAACACAAUAGACAAUUUCACACACGGCCUCGCAGUGGCAGCCAGCUUUCUGGUUAGCAGGAAGGUUGGGUUCCUGACCACUAUGGCAAUCCUGUUGCAUGAAAUCCCCCAUGAGGUGGGAGAUUUUGUCAUCCUCCUUCGUGCUGGGUUCGAUCGCUGGAGUGCAGCCAAAUUGCAGCUUUCUACAGCCCUUGGGGGAAUUUUGGGAGCUUGCUUUGCCAUUUGUGCUCAGUCACCUAAAGGGACAGGGGAAACCAUCGCUUGGAUUCUCCCAUUUACCUCUGGGGGAUUUUUAUAUAUUGCCUUGGUGAAUGUGGUGCCUGAUCUUUUAGAGGAGAAGAAUCCUUGGAACUCGGUGCAACAAGUCCUCCUCCUGUGUACCGGCAUCAUUGUCAUGGUACUUCUCUCACUCACUACUGAAUGAGUGACUCCUCCUCAGGCUUCCUUCUGCUGCUCCCCAAAGCUGCCUUCAUACAGAACUGUUACAAAGCAAUAAAGGGACACCAUUGGAUUUUUCUUUGUUGUGUGCCUGCGGAUCUGGCUGUUGCUAUGAGAGGCGGACAAGGGAAGCCUGGUUUUCUGGAGAGAGCGCUGAACCUCCUCUCUCUUUUUUUGUCUUCAGAGCAUAACAAGCCAGGACUUCCAAAGUGUUGAGAAAAGAAAGCGAGUGGCUGUUUUGGGUUUUUUUAAGUUGUGUGUGUGGGUUUUAUAAGAUGAUAAUUUAAAACAAAACAAACAAAAACAAGAGCAGUGAAGAGCGGAAUGGCCAUUGUGUAGCAUAAGCCUUGCUGCUCUAAGGUUGACCAAAAGAUCACAACACCUGGACUGAGAUGAAAAGAAAUAUCUUCCAGAUGGGCUCCUGUGUAUUGGAAAAAUGUUACAAACAGCAAGAAAAUCCUGAGCCACUUCAUGUCUGAUGGGAAAAACAUAGGAAAUUGCAUUUGUCCAUCUAGUCCUGUAUUGUGCCUCUACCAGAUCUUGGGCACUAAGGAAUCUUUUGCCUCUCUGUUCCCUGAGACAGCAGGAAUUGAAGCAGGACUUUAUGCUUGCCAUGUAUGUAUGAUGCCACUGAACUAUGCUCUCGCUCCAUAAAGUUAGUUUUCCAGAUCUUCUGAGCUAAGGUCUCCUACUAUCUGAUCCUCUCUCUGUUCCUAAGCUGGUAACAGAUGCUCCUGUUGGAUUAAAGUAGUCCUCUUUUUGUUGGACUCCUUUAACACAUAAGCAUUAUACUGAAAUCAGGAUACGCACAGGAAACAUGCAACAAUCCUACUCUGUCUAUAACUCUUUCCUAAAGAUAAUGUUUUCCAAAUGUUGGGUCAAACAGUAAUCAACCCCAGCCAGCCAGCAUGGCAGAUAGUCAGGUAUGAUGAGAAUUGUAAUCCAAGGACAUCUUGGAACCUGGGAAUCACUAGUUUAGAGAUCCUAUUGCUACUCAAGAAGUGAUUCAGCUUAAAUGGGAUGGAGUUUCCUGUCCUUUUGAGACAUAAGGUAAGUUGAAAGCCACAGAUCCAGCAAAUGCUAUGCACAGAUGGGCAAUACUAGGCCCUCCAAGUGUUGUUGCACUACAGCUCUUAUCAUCCAUUAUAUUUUGUUGUACAUUGUUUGGAGAGCAAAUAAGAAAUAGUUUAAAUAACUAAAUCCUCUCUGUGCUCCCUGUGGUUGAUGGGGGUUGCAGUCAACAACAUCUGGCCAUCCUGGUUAUAAUGCACUUCACUUUCCUUUUAGUUCAUUGCAUAGCUACUUGAGUGCUGGCCCAUGAUGCACAGCAUAGGAAAGAUGCAGAUAAACAUACGGAAGCAGUAUAGGAGAAAGAGCAAGAUGGAUGCUAGAAUAUGUCUGGGUUAAGAGCAAGAUGAAUGCUAGAAUGGCGUCUGGAAACCACUGUAGCUGCUUAGAGAAAAAAAAGGAAGAAUGAAGCUUUCGUGUCAACUACGUAUUAUAUGCUUAAAAACCAUUAAAAAUUCAAAUACAA